GCAACAUAUUAUCACAUAUAGCAACACAUUAAAUUUUCCCAUCAUAUAUUUCAUACUUACAUUUUUACUCGUAAAACUCGAAGCACAAAUAUAUAAAUCAAAAUGCACAAAAGCACAUCAGGUUCGUCGUUGGGACCAGAUGGAUUGGACUUAACUCAAUCCUUUUUUAAGUCCAUUUUAAAUGCUUCCCCGCCUUCUCCAACAAAUCGCCACAACAAGAUCUCAGUUAUCGGUGCGGGCAACGUGGGAAUGGCUAUAGCCCAGACCAUUCUCACACAAGAUCUCGUUGACGAGCUUGUCCUUGUCGAUGCUAUUCCUGAUAAAUUACGAGGCGAGAUGUUAGAUCUACAACAUGCAGCGGCUUUUCUCCCCCGCACUAAGAUUCAGGCCUCCACCGACUAUUCAGUGACGACGGGGUCUGACCUCUGCAUCGUCACUGCUGGAGCUCGCCAGCUUAAUGGCGAGUCCAGAUUGAAUUUGCUACAAAGGAAUGUUGCUUUGUUUAAGAAAAUUAUACCGCCUUUGGUUCGUUACUCUCCUCACUGUGUUCUUCUAAUUGUUUCCAAUCCUGUUGAUGUCCUCACUUACAUUGCUUGGAAACUCUCUGGAUUUCCUUCCAACCGUGUCAUUGGUUCGGGCACCAACUUGGAUUCCUCUCGCUUUCGUUUCCUCAUUGCUGAUCAUCUUGAUGUCAAUGCUCAAGAUGUGCAGGCAUACAUAGUGGGGGAACAUGGUGACAGUUCAGUGGCACUAUGGUCAAGCAUUAGUGUUGGUGGUGUUCCAGUGUUAAGCUUUUUGGAGAAACAACAAAUAGCUUAUGAGAAAGAAAUGCUAGAAAACAUACACAAGGAAGUUAUAAAUGGUGCAUAUGAAGUUAUCAGUUUAAAAGGGUACACUUCAUGGGCAAUAGGGUACUCUGUGGCAAACUUAGCAAGAACAAUUAUGAGGAACCAAAGGAAAAUUCACCCUGUUUCUGUUCUUGCAAAAGGAUUUUAUGGCAUUGAUGGUGGAGAAGUGUUUAUUAGUUUGCCUGCACAGCUUGGUAGAGGAGGUGUAUUGGGUGUGACUAAUAUUCAUAUGACUGAAGAGGAGAUGAAGAGGCUUAAGGACUCUGCCACUACUAUUCUUGAAGUGCAGAAUCAAUUGGGUAUUUGAAUCUUCUUAAUAAAAGAUUCAAUAUAUGCACCUUUUCAAAGUUGCAAUAUUAAAGUUGAGCAAGAAAAAAUAAAUUUGGUCUAUUAGACUAAUCAAGUAUUAGAUUCAUUUUUAUUAAAUGUUGUAGACUAAGACUUGUAGUCCAAGAUUAAUAUAUACACAUUAUGUGAU